AUGGAAGAACCCAGCUUAUAUCCUCAUACUAGCAUAAGUACUCCAGAAAUAAAUAUACCCUCCCCAUCCCCAAAAAAAAAUCCUAAUACAUCACACAUGCCCCUCCAAACAAUGGAAGGAAUCUCAGAAGACCAUCAAACCAAUGAUACAUCUCAGUCCCCCUCCCACAACCAGGCCGAAAAAACCGAGAUAAACUUCAAUGCACCUUGUGAACCACAUAAAAGACACUUCUCCGAAAACUCAUCUACAACAUUACCUACUUCUCCCCCUAAGGCAAACUUAAACGCCGACAGAAGCAGGAAUAGCUCCAAAAAAGCUAAAGUAGAUAGAUCCCGUUCCAAUUCCUCAUCUAAGACAGCCGACAAAAUAUCCGAUGGGCUCAAACCAGCAGAGGACAUCUUCUCCAAUGAAUCCCCCAUUUCGUUACACCAAUUCAAAUACGUUCUGGAGAACUUUACCAACAAAAAACUUAACAUCCACAAUAUCUGUAAAGACAUCAACUCGGAUAUUACAUCGCUUAUGCUCUUGAUCGAUUCAAUACGACCUAAAGUCACUGAACGUACCACCAAAUCUCAUCUCACCAAACUGGCCAACCUUUUAUUCCAGUCACUUCCACCACUUCAAGACAAUUAA